UGAAUUUAUAUGUGUUUAGUAUAUUAGGCAACACAAAACCAAUUUGCAGUUCUGUAAAUACAUACGAAUACUAAACGUUUAUUAAGUUACCCAAAUUGCAAUCAGUUAUUACAAUGUAUGCAGUUUCAGGUUAGCCAAAGGGCUUGCCAGAAUAUGAAUCGGUUUUUGGCCUCUACACAAAUGCAAUUCAAUUGGUCUAUAAACAGCAUAAAAACCACAAAUGUUGAGUUAAAUUUUGGUAAUUUUGAUGCCAAGUACUUUGGUUUGUUAUUUCUGUUUCAUUUAAGACACUUUUAUUUUUAGAGCGCUCAAAUAUUGCUUAGUUAUAGUUUGCAAUCCAUGAAGAUAAUAACUAUCAGGCACUUUGAUUACCGUAUAAGAGAUAAUAAACAAAAAGAUAUGACCAAACUCGAUGGUUUCAUCCUUGUCCUAUUCCGUCUUUCCUUUCCAUCUUCUUAUCACUACGUUUCUACCCUCUUAAGCCUCAAUUGUAAUCGAAAUUGUAAUUCAAGCUUAUAGUUGUAUUACCCAAAGGGCUAUACUUAUAGUUGUAUAACCAAAUACCGUUUGUGUUGCAUGUAAUCUUCUAUAUAAAAUCUUUUAUUCUCUGCUACACCUAGUAAAUUAACCUAGUUAAUAAAUUGAUUAAUUAAUUAACCAGUUUUUGAAUUCAUGAAAAACGUAACAGACAUUAUCUAACAAUAUACUUGGAAAACAAUAUUGUUAAGAAUCUGAGGUACGCCCAAAUAUUGUUCGUUUUUAUUCAACACGUUAAAAGGCGUUAUAAAUACCAUUAGACCUGAAACCCAUUUCAUUUAGAAAGUCAUGGAUUACCUAUCAGUAGUAACUUUUGUGCUGUUGUUUGGACAAAGUUUACAAACAGAAUAUGAAUUUUUCUUCGAGGAUCCAGAUAUAUUCAGCGAUUGUCGAAAUCAACCAAUUGAUGUUAUAAAAUGGCGAGAAGAGUUCGACUUAUCGGAUCUUUUUACAGAAAUGCACGACGAUGUUAUAUCAGUUUCUGGAAAUGUAACCGUAAAUUCCAUUUGGAAAAUUGAUCCAUCUGAUCGAAUUGAGUUACAUAUCAAUACAUACCAUUGGGAAAUCGGCGUAUGGCAACCAACCGUUUAUAACUUAAUCUAUAAAGAUUUCUGCCUCGCAAUGUGGGACAAUACAACCUACUUAUACAACUUCUGGAGUCAGCAUAUAAUCAAUGUGGAUGAAAUCAAAGAGAAAUGUUUCAAAGUUGCUGGUACAAUUAUUUAUUACGAGGAUUGGGUUAAUCAAAUGGUUCUGGAUGUUAUUGGGCCAACAUUAUAUGGGCGCUUUCAAAUCGAACUAAUACUUAUGGCCUUUGAUAACUUCGGAAAGCAGCGCCCGAGGAAUGUAUGUUUUCAGACUACUUGUGAAUUUCGAAAAAAGAAGAGUUAAGUCUAUCAUUAGUUGGUAAACAUUCCAUAACACGACAUAUUCUUUAAGAGGUUUUUAAUAAAUUACUUCGUUUUGCUCGAAAUUUUACUACAA